CAUGCGCUCAAUCGUGUACCGCAGGAGCUUCGUCCGUAUCGGCCUCGUCAGAUACCAAUAUGAACGGCCUCCGCUGCGAACAUUCGCACCAUGCACCCGCCGGGUACGUGUCCUAAGAGGCUUUGUGGUAGGCAGAGCCGGCUCGGCGAGGGAUGUUCACUCUCGAGUCGCCGCGCGCGCAGGGCUGCGAAUCUGUCGUGAAGCGUGCACGCAGGUGCACGCACGGCUCGCAGCCGCUUCUCGUUCUGUAUUCGAUGGCCUUCGCAGCGCCCACGAUGUCCCGGCCAGGAGCCCACCAGCGCACGGCAAGGUCCGCACACGUCCGUGCCAGCGUCACUUCCGUCCCCCGCCUCUAAGCCCUGUUUGCUCGCCUCUGACGCACAGCGCUUUGCAGCGAGGCGGGGACAGGCAAGGUAAUAUUUCCUGCGAGUGCGAAGCACCAACGCGUCAAUGCAUCGGCGCUGCCCCUCGCUGCGCGCACACCUCCUCUCGCCCGUCCGCGCGGCAUGCGCGACCGCGAUUCAGCUCACGAUGCAGACAAACGCCGCGAUCGUUACCCGCUACGCGCGAACUUGCGGCCAGCGAUUCUCACGAACAAAAAAAAACACAUGCAAGCGCGCAAUCGUCCGCGGACGUCGUCGAUGCGCGAGUACACCGCCAACGACCACGGUCUCGACCCCCGAACGCCCUCUCGCCCCCCGCCCACGCUCUCAAAACACAUGUCCCGCGCGCUAAGCCAGCCAGCGGGAUCCGACGAGUCGCCG